CCCACCGUCUACAUAAUGAAUGAUCUGAAAACAGGGAACUUUUGGAGACAAAGAGGUUUUUCAGCUGCUCAGUUUAACAUGAUGUUCCUGUACUUUUUAAAUACAGAUUGGAUAAAAACACAGUGAUCACAGUUCACACCUGCAGUGAAGCCCCUCCCACAACAAUUCACCAAUAAAUACUGGGAUUAUUCCCAUCAUACUACAAGAGAAGGACAAACUCCAGGAGUAGCAGCUGAAAUCUGUGUGACUGUUAAAGAUGGAGUUUAUUAAAGAGGAGAUUGAAGACAUGAGUGAUCCAGAACCAUCCAGAAUAAAACAUGAAGAUACUGAGGAACAAAUAGACCAGGUGAGAGUGAAAGAGCAAAGACAAGAACUGAAUGAAGUGAAGGAGGAACAUCACCAGGUGAGAGUGAAAGAGCAAAGACAAGAACUGAAUGAAGUGGAGAAGAAACAUCGUAACUUUACAACUCAAAGAACAAAAGCCAAAAAGACGCACACCUGCACUCAGUGUGGAAAGAGUUUCACACAGAAAGGAACCCUUGACACACACAUGAGAAUUCACACUGGAGAGAAACCGUAUACAUGCACUCAGUGUGGAAAGAGUUUUUCUUAUUCAUCAACUCUCAGUGGUCAUCUGCUCAUUCACUCUGGAGAAAAGCCAUUUAACUGUGAUCAGUGUGGUAAAGAUUUUAUUUUAUCAUCACAACUAAAAUCACACCUAAAAGUUCAUUCAGAUGAGAAGCCUUAUGUGUGUUCUCUCUGUGGAAAGAGUUUUUCAAGGCUGAACAGUUUUAAACAUCACCAGAAAACACACAAUGAAGUGAGAGAUUAUAUGUGCUGUGACUGUGGGAAGAGCUUUACUACAUCUCGUGAUCUGAAACUGCACCAAAGAAUUCAUACUGGAGAAAAACCUUACAAGUGCUCAUAUUGUGACAAGAGUUUCAUUCGGUCUGGACACCUGAAAUCACACGAGCGAGUUCAUACUGGAGAGAAGCCGUACGACUGUACUCAGUGUGGGAAGAGUUUCUCAUGGAAAGGACACCUUAACGCACACAUGAGAAUUCACACUGGAGAGAAACCGUAUACAUGCACUCAGUGUGGAAAAAGUUUUACUCAUUCAACAACUCUCAGUUAUCAUCUGCUCAUUCACUCUGGAGAAAAAACAUUUAACUGUGAUCAGUGUGGUAAAGAUUUUAUUUCAUCAGCAAAUCUAAAAUCACACCUAAAAGUUCAUUCAGAUGAGAAGCCUUAUGUGUGUUCUCUCUGUGGAAAGAGUUUUUCACGUAUGAACUGUUUUAAACGGCACCAGAAAACACACAAUGAAGUGAGAGAUUAUAUGUGCUUUAACUGUGGGAAGAGCUUUACUACAUCUCAUUAUCUGAAACUGCAUCAAAGAAUUCAUACUGGAGAAAAACCUUACAAGUGCUCUCAGUGUGGAAAGAGUUUCUCACAGAAAGGACACCUUAACAUACACAUGAGAAUUCACACUGGAGAGAAACCGUAUACAUGCACUCAGUGUGGAAAGAGUUUUUCUCAUUCAACAACUCUCAAUGGUCAUCUGCUCAUUCACUCUGGAGAAAAAACAUUUAACUGUGAUCAGUGUGGUAAAGACUUUAUUUCAUCAGCACAUCUAAAAUCACACCUGAAAGUUCAUUCAGGUGAGAAGCCUUAUGUGUGUUCUCGCUGUGGAAAGAGUUUUUCAAGGAUGACCAAUUUUAAACUGCACCAGAAAACACACAAUGAAGUGAGAGAUUUUAUGUGCUUUGACUGUGGGAAGAGCUUUACUACAUCUCGUGAUCUGAAACUGCACCAAAGAAUUCAUACUGGAGAAAAACCUUACAAGUGCUCAUAUUGUGACAAGAGUUUCACUCAGUCUGGAAACCUGAAAAAACACGAGCGAGUUCAUACUGGAGAGAAGCCGUACGACUGCACUCAGUGUGGAAAGAGUUUCUCAUGGAAAGAACACCUUAACAGACACAUGAGAAUUCACACUGGAGAGAAACCGUAUACAUGCACUCAGUGUGGAAAGAGUUUUUCUCAUUCAACAACUCUCAAUGGUCAUCUGCUCAUUCACUCUGGAGAAAAAACAUUUAACUGUGAUCAGUGUGGUAAAGACUUUAUUUCAUCAGCACAUCUAAAAUCACACCUGAAAGUUCAUUCAGGUGAGAAGCCUUAUGUGUGUUCUCGCUGUGGAAAGAGUUUUUCAAGGAUGACCAAUUUUAAACUGCACCAGAAAACACACAAUGAAGUGAGAGAUUUUAUGUGCUUUGACUGUGGGAAGAGCUUUACCACAUCUCGUGAUCUGAAACUGCACCAAAGAAUUCAUACUGGAGAAAAACCUUACAAGUGCUCAUAUUGUGACAUGGGUUUCACUCAGUCUGGAUCUCUGAAAAAACAUGAGCGAGUUCACACUGGAGAGAAGCCGUACGACUGUACUCAGUGUGGAAAGAGUUUCACCCAAUCAUGUAAUCUAGUGACUCAUAUUAGAAAGCAUUGUUCUGUGUCACAGUGAGCAAAUGUUUUGUUAGAUUCACAAAGUAAAUGUGUAGUUAGUUAACUAAUAAACUAGUGUUGCUGUGAAAUGCCACAAGAUUUGUGUUUUAUAUGUUGGAGAACAAGAAAAUGAUUGAAAAGUAUUUUAAUUGAACACUUACUCAAAGAAAAUAAAAAAUACCAAAAUGAAAAGAGACUGGAAAGAAAUGCAGAAAAACAACAACAAUCAGGUAUAUUCAUUAAUCAAAAAGAAUUGCCUGAAUUUGAUUCAUUUUUUAAUUGUAACAAUUGCAAAUUUGUUAACUAUAUCUGUCAGGAGCCAAUCAGAGUCCUCCCAAGUCACCACGCAACGAUCACUUUCCCCAGAGUUCACAGUCACUCAUUGUCAAGCCUCCAACAGGAAAAGACCCCAACCAGCCUUCACUUGCUUCCCUCUGAGACAUCCACCGAGCUGAGAUGUAAAGUAUACUUACCUGUAAAGACUAACCGCUCUGUCCUUGUUCUGAUGUUCCCAGGUUCUGCUCCAUGAUUCUCGUUCCCUGUGUCCUGGAUUCUGCCAUGAGUUUCGUCCCUCUAAUGGAUGAUCUAUAAGGAUGAAAAGCAAGUAUCACUGAACUGUGUUAGUUCUCGACCUACUAUUGAAAAAGGAUCUACUCAUCUGGAAUCCUGUCUGUACUCCGUCUGCUCCACGACGAUCUGAAAGUGAGAAAAGGAAAGUCAUUGCCUUGUGUCACUGUUCAUGUAAUUCCUAAGAGGAGGAUUCACUCACCUGGAUGUAUUCCUGUCACGUAUCCUCCUUCAAGAGCACUUCUGAGCACCUGAAACCCUGAAUACUUAUCUUGUUUAUUAAUAAAGAAAGUUUAAGUUCAUCACUUACCUCUGUCUCCGAGCCUGAAUCCUGACAGAAGGCUUGACCUAACAACAGAACGAGGUUGAAUCAAGAUGAAUUCCAAACAACCUGCUGUACCUCUAAUUCCCACACCAGUCGCCGCUCCACCCGUGAGACCUGUGUUUUCCCCCAUGAGUACUUCCGUGAGCGCCGCUUCUUCGAUCACCUCCUUUGCAAGUCCCCCGUCGCGUCCUGCGUCAUUCUCUGGUCGGGCGGAGGAUUGCAACGGAUUCCUAUUGCAGUGUUCGCUUGCUCUGGAACAGCAAGCUCAGCUAUAUCCUACUGAGCGAUCGAAAGUAGCGUUUAUCAUCCAGCAACUAUCAGGAGUGACGUUACGGUGGGCAGAGUCAUUGUGGAUGAAGGAAUCAACUGUGGUUGCGUCUGUUCAAGAAUUUGUGAAACAUUUCAAGGAAGUUUUCGAACGACCAGUGGAUGAUUCCUCCUUCGGAGACCAACUCUUACAGUUACGUCAAGGGAAAAAAUCACUAUCUGAGUAUUCUGUGGAAUUCCGCACGCUAGCAUCUAACAGUGGGUGGAAUGAAAAAGCUCUAAUUUCUGUGUUUCGCCGUGGAUUAAACCCAGCCUUGCGCCUCCAACUGGCCAUCUAUGAUGACACCAUAGGAAUAGAAAAAUUCAUUCAGCAAGCCAUGAAAGUUCAUCAAAGAUCCCAGAGUUGUUACCCUGAUCAGUCCUCUUAUCCUCCUGUUUCUCAACCGAAUGUCGAGAUUUCCAAAGUCGAAAAUCAAGUCGAAGAAAUGCAAGUUGACACUUUCAAGAUUCCCCAGGCUGAACGUAUGUGGCAGAAAGAGUUAAAGUUGUGUAUGUACUGCGGUACCAAGGGCCACUUCAGACUCAACUGCCCAAUUCGACCUGAAAGAAUGAUGGUAAGCUCAGUUCUGGAUCAUGCUCAUGUUUUAACACCUCUCACCAUUUCCGUGACCUUACAAAUUCAAGAACUCUGCAUCCAUGUGACAGCUAUCGUCGACUCGGGGUCAGCGGGAAACUUUAUCUCCGGAAAGCUCUGUAGGAGACUUAAGCUGCGAGAGAUCAACACACCCAAAACCUACUCCAUCUAUGCCAUAACUGGGGAGUUGAUUAACAAGAAAAACGUUACUACCAAAAUUGCUCCCGUUCAACUAUGUGUAGAAAAGACGCAUCAAGAAUGGUUCGAACCAUUUGUGCUCCUGAAUAGUCAAACAGAUCUCAGUCUUGGCCGACCAUGGUUAAUUCGUCAUCAACCAACAAUCAAUUGGAAGUCUGGAAAAAUUCUACAAUGGGGAUGCCAUUGCAUUAGCCGCAAGGAUCCAUCAUCUAGUCUGGUUAACGAAUCAAAAGUCCAGUCAAUCCCAGUGAAUUCCACGUCCAUCGAGAGUCCCACAGAAAACCUGUCAACAAAUAUUCCUACCUGUUAUUCCAUGUUCUCUGAUGUUUUUAAUCCCGUUACUGCUUCCAAGUUGCCCCCGCACCGACCAUGGGAUUGUGCUAUUGAUCUGGUUCCUGAUGCACAACUGCCCAAGGGUCGAAUCUACUCCCUGUCUCUUCCUGAAUAAGAGUCUAUGAGGAAAUAUAUCAAGGAGGCUCUAGAUCAAGGAUAUAUCUGGCCAUCUACCUCUCCCGCAGCAGCCAGUUUCUUCUUCGUGUCCAAGAAAGAUGGCGGGCUGAGACCUUGUAUCGAUUACAGAGCCUUAAAUCAAGUCACCGUGAAGUUCAGCUAUCCGUUACCUCUCAUUCCCGCCGCACUAGAACAACUCAGAGAGGCAAAGAUGUUUUCCAAGCUUGAUUUGAGAAGUGCCUAUAAUCUCAUCCGAAUUCGUGAAGGAGAUGAAUGGAAAACCGCUUUCAUCACCCCUGCAGGCCACUAUGAAUACCUCGUCAUGCCUUAUGGUUUGGUCAACGCCCCUUCAGUAUUCCAAAGUUUUAUGGAUGAGGUUCUCCGCGACUUCCUAGGAAAGUUUGUCCUGGUAUACAUCGAUGAUAUCCUGAUCUAUUCCAAGAACCCAGCUGGGCAUCAAAGACACGUGUCGUUAGUCCUCCAAAGACUCAGAGAAUUCACCUUGUUUCUGAAAGCUGAAAAGUGCACUUUCCAUCAAACCACUGUCGAUUUCCUGGGAUACGUUCUGAGUGAUCGAGGAGUGGAGAUGGAUAGAAGCAAGACCGAGACCAUCAUGUCCUGGCCAACCCCCAAGUCAGUGAAAGAACUCCAAAGGUUCCUUGGCUUUGCCAAUUUCUAUCGACGGUUUAUCAACCAGUACAGUUUGCUCACCGCUCCUCUUACCACGUUGCUAAAAGAAAAGCCCAAGAUCUUGAAAUUGACCCCAGAAGCCGAGGAGGCAUUUACAUUUCUGAAGUCUGCCUUCACCACUGCACCCCUGCUUCAUCAUCCUGAUCCUGAGAGACCGUUUGUGGUAGAGGUAGAUGCAUCCACCACCGGGGUUGGAGGAGUUCUCUCCCAGUAUUCUGAUUGCUCCUCUAAGCCAUCACCUUGUGCCUUCUUCUUGAAGAAGUUCUCUCCAGCUGAAGCCAACUACGACAUCGGAAACCGGGAACUUCUAGCUGUAAAGCUUGCCUUAGAAGAAUGGAGACACUGGUUAGAGGGAGAAAAGCACCCAUUCCUAGUACUCACCUAUCACAAGAACCUCCAGUAUCUAAGAGAUGCGAAACGUCUGAACCCACGUCAAGCCCGAUGGGCGUUGUUCUUUACACGAUUCCAUUUCAAGAUUGCCUAUCGCCCAGGCUCAAAGAAUACAAGAGCAGAUGCUCUAUCUCGUUUUCAUGCCUCUGAAAUCCCUGUAGAAGAACCUGAAACUAUCCUGCCAGAGAGUCUUUUCGUGAACCCCAUCCAGUGGGAGAUAAAUGAUCAACUCCAAGAGCUAUCCCAGCAACAACCCAGAGUCCCCGGAUGUCCUCCCGGGAAGAUCUAUGUGCCUGAGGAAUUCCGAACUUCUUUGAUCAUCAGUAGCCACUGGACACCCAGGGGUAAACAAGACUCUAGCCACUCUACAAGUCAAAUAUUGGUGGUCCACCAUGCGAUCAGACAUCACCAACUUCAUUCAAGGAUGUAUCCCGUGUGCCAUCUCCAAAGUACCAAGAAAUCUGCCUGUGGGUAAAUUAGUACCCCUUCCUGUCCCGAAUAGACCUUGGUCCCACAUCGGUGUAGACUUUGUCACUGAUCUUUCCGUCUCCGAGGGGAAUACUUGCAUCUUCGUGGCCAUCGAUCGCUUCUCAAAGGCGUGCAAGUUAAUCCCAUUGAAAGGACUGCCAACAGCCUUUAACACUGCUGAAUUGUUGGUGGAACAUGUCUUUCGAAAUUUCUGUAUCCCUGAGGACAUAGUCUCCGAUCGAGGACCCCAGUUUAUUUCUCGAGUCUGGCGAGCAUUCUUCACAUUAAUGAAUGUGACAGUGAGUCUGUCUUCAGGGUAUCAUCCGCAAACCAAUGGACAGACAGAGCGUAAAAUUCAAGACAUUGGUCGGUUCCUGCGAGCAUUCUGCCACUCCAAUCAGAACAUCUGGAGCAAGUACCUCAUCUGGGCAGAAUACGCACAGAAUUCUCUUCGACAGACAUCCACUCAGUUAACUCCAUUCCAGUGCGUCCUUGGCUGUCAACCUCCGUUAUUCCCGUGGUCCGGUGAGCCCUCAGAAGUACCAGCAGUUAACAAGUGGUUUGAAGAGAGCGAACAGGUCUGGGAUCAGACACAUCACCAUAUCCAGCAAGCUGUCAACCGGCAGCAACAGUUUGCUGAUAAACACCGCCGACCCAAUCCAGAGUAUCAGCCUGAACAGCUCGUCUGGCUUUCCACUCGAGAUAUCAGACUUCGCCAAUCAUGUCGAAAGUUGAACCCCAAGUACAUCGGACCAUUUCCAGUCGUAAAGCGAAUUAAUCCAGUCACUUAUCAGCUCCAGUUACCCCCAGAAUAUCGCAUUCACCCCACGUUUCAUGUUUCCCUCCUAAAGCCCUAUCAUCCACCGGUACCCCAGUCAGUCACAGAGGUAGAACCAGAGGACAACCCCCCUAUACCACCCAUUGAGCCAGAGUCCAUUUAUCUGAUUAAAGAGAUCUUGGACUCUCGACGUCGAGGGGGUAAGCUCGAAUACCUCAUUGACUGGGAAGGAUAUGGGCCAGAGGAGAGGAGUUGGGUACCUCAUAAUGAUGUUCUUGAUCCCAGUUUGCUUCUAGAAUUCCAUGCUCAGCAUCCUGAGAAAUCUGCACCACGACCCAGAGGUAGACCUCCACGACGUCGAGGUCCAAGGUCCGCUGGCGCGGACUCUGGAGGGGGGGGUAAUGUCAGGAGCCAAUCAGAGUUCUCCCAAGUCACCACGCAACGAUCACUUUCCCCAGAGUUCUAAUCACCUGCACCUGUUUCCAAUCAGCACGCCCUUCACAGCCAGCAUAAAAGCACCAAGUUCACAGUCACUCAUUGUCAAGCCUCCAACAG